CUGCAGAGAGAGAGAGAGAGAGAUAGCUAGGGAGGAGUUAGGUGGUCUCACUCUCACACAAACACAACUUGCCUUGCCUGCCCAUUGGGGGAGAAGAAGUAAUUGAGCUAAAUUCAUGGAUAAAGAUAACAAUUAACAACGCCACACAUUACACAACCCAUCCAUAUCUCUCUCGUCACCGCAUCUUCAUCUUCGUCUCCAUCUUCUUCCUUCAUCUUCAUGUAGCUACUGACUCCCUCACUGUUCUGAUUGGAUUCGGAGUCGUCUGCCAGAAAUGGGGAAGCAUACAAACAACAAUCAUAUUAUUUCACCGUGCUUUCAUCCUCUGCUUCUGCUUCUGCUUCUUUCCCUGGCGUGUUUCAUUUCUCCUUCUUCUCCAUUUCCGCUGUGCACCGACCUGAGGCAGCCGAGCAGCCUGAAGGUCCCUCUGGCCUUCUGUCCCUACAAGGAAGGAAGAGCCUGUUGCACCCCCGACCAUGAUUUGCAGCUCCGCCGCCGCUUCCUCUCCAUGAACAUCUCCGCCUCCGCCUCCGCCUGUGCCGACGCUGUCAAAUCCAUCCUCUGCGCCACCUGCGAUCCCUUCUCCGCCCAAUUGUUCGACGCCGACUCGGACCCCCGGCCAGUUCCGAUCCUCUGCAACUCCACCGGCAGCAGCUUCUGCGCGGCGGUGUGGAAAUCGUGCCAGAAUGUACCAAUCCAGAAUUCCCCCUUCGCCCCCGCGCUGCAGAGCAAGGCGGCCAUCCCACGCAACGCCACCUCCUCAACGCUGGCGGAUCUCUGGCAAUCGGACUCCGACUUCUGCGCUGCCUUCGGCGGCUCCUCCGCCGCCGUAUGCUUCGACGGCAAGCCUGUGGUUCUCAGCAACAACACGGGCGUGUUGCCCCCGCCACCGCCUGAAGGCAUCUGCUUCGAGAAGCUCGACAACGGCUCCUACAUCAACAUGGCGCCCCACCCCGAUGGCUCCAACCGGGCCUUCCUCUCCACCCUCUCCGGCAAGAUUUAUCUGGUCAAGAUCCCGGACCAGGACUCCGGGGAAGUCCUGGACCUCGAUGAAUCCAGCCCCUUCGUGGACCUGACGGAUCAGGUCUUCCUCGGCCCCAGCUACGGGAUGAUGGGGAUGGCCUUCCACCCGGACUUCGCCGCCAACGGGCGGUUCUUCGCGUCCUUCAAUUGCGACAAGGAGAAGUCCCCCGGAUGCGGCGGCCGGUGCGCCUGCAACUCCGACGUCGGCUGCGAUCCGGCGGAGAUGGGCACCGCUGAGGUCUGCAAGUACCACGCCGUCGUUGCUGAGUACAGCGCUAACGCGACCGGGACGACGACCGGCAAUGCGAACCCGAAUGAGGUAAGAAGGAUCUUCACCUUGGGGCUGCCGUACGGCGGGAAUCACGGCGGGCAGAUUCUGUUCGGUCCGGCGGACAAGUACAUGUACAUCAUGAUGGGAGACGGCGGUGGCAAGGGCGAUCCUUACAACUUCGCGCAGAACAAGAAGUCGUUGCUCGGGAAGGUUCUCAGGGUCGACGUCGAUAAUCUGCCAAGCGACGAGGAAGUCGUGAAGCUCGGGAGAUGGGGAAACUACUCGGUCCCCCGAGACAAUCCAUACUCGGACGACAAAGAAAUGGAGCCCGAAAUAUGGGCUUACGGGUUAAGGAAUCCGUGGCGAUGUAGCUUCGAUGCCAAGAGGCCUGUCUACUUCCUUUGCGCCGACACCGGGCAGGAUCAAUACGAGGAAGUCGAUAUCAUUACAAAGGGAGGAAACUACGGGUGGCGCAUGUACGAAGGCCCUAUUCCUUUCAAGGCCAACCAAACCCCCGGCGGCGACACUCUGCCGAAUACCACAGAUCCAAUCUUCCCCGUGGCCAGCUACAGCCACUCGCAGAUAAAUAAGCUCGGCUCUGCAGCGAUAUCGGGUGGAUUUUUCUACCGAGCGCAGACUGAUCCGUGCGUGUAUGGAAGCUACUUGUAUGGCGAUCUCUACGGGCAGCAUAUUUGGGCAGCGUCGGAGGCCCCGGAAGGAAGUGGGAAGUUUACGGCGAAUGACACUCCGUUCAGCUGCGCGCGGGACUCUCCGAUCAAGUGUGAUUCGUCGACACCUUCGGGCGACAACGGGCAGCUGGCGGUGCAGCUAAUAUUCUCGUUCGGACAGGACAACAACAAGGAUGUCUACCUGCUGACGCAGAGCGGGUUGUACAGGGUGGUUCGGCCGAGCCGAUGCAACUAUGCCUGCUCCAAGGAAGUCGUGUCGCCGAGAAACACGACUGCCGUGCCGCCGUCGGCUGCUCCUGCGUCCAUUCUUCGGCCUUCUCCGGCGCUGCUGCUGCUUUUUGUUUUUGCAGCUGUGGUCCGGUCUAUGUUGUGAUGUAAGCGUUGACUUUGUAUUUUUGUUGUCUUGUAAUGCAAUGAGAUGGACUUGAGGUUUUUAGCUUAA